AUGCUUCAGUGGAGAAGACGACACUGCUGCUUGGCAAAGAUGACCUGGAAUACCAAAAGGUCUCUGUUUCGCACCCAUCUCAUUGGCCUAGUCUCUCUGGUGUUUCUUUUUGCCAUGUUUCUGUUCUUUAACCAUCACGACUGGCUGCCAGGCAAGGCUGGAUUCAGAGAAAACCCCAUGUCUUACACCAUACGAGGAUUUAGAUCUACAAAAAGUGAGACCAACCACAGCUCUCUAAGAAGCAUGUGGAGAGAUGCGGUGCCUCAGACACUCAGGCCUCAGACAGUCACCAACCCUAACAACACAGAGCUGUCCCCACAGGGAGUAACUGGUUUGGAAAACACCCUCAGUGCCAAUGGAAGUAUUUACAAUGAGAAAGGCACUGGGCAUCCAACUUCCUAUCAUUUCAAAUACAUCAUCAACGAGCCUGACAAGUGCCAGGAAAAGACCCCUUUUCUAAUACUGCUCAUAGCUGCAGAGCCAGGCCAGGUGGAGGCCAGACAAGCAAUUCGACAGACCUGGGGCAACGAGAGCCUGACACCUGGUAUCCAAAUUGUGCGGAUUUUUUUGUUGGGCUUAAGCACCAAGGUAAACGCAUACCUCCAGCGAACCAUCCUUGAGGAAAGCAGACAGUACCAUGACAUCAUUCAACAAGAAUACUUAGACACCUACUAUAAUUUAACUAUAAAAACGCUGAUGGGAAUGAACUGGGUUGCAACCUACUGUACACAUGUUCCAUAUGUUAUGAAAACUGAUAGUGAUAUGUUUGUCAAUACUGAAUAUUUAAUACACAAGCUUCUGAGACCAGAACUUCCUCCGAGGCACAAGUAUUUUACAGGUUAUUUAAUGAGAGGUUAUGCACCUAAUAGGAACAAGGAUAGCAAGUGGUAUAUGCCACCUGAUUUGUAUCCAAGUGAACGUUAUCCUGUAUUCUGCUCUGGAACUGGUUAUGUUUUUUCUGGAGACUUAGCAGAAAAAAUCUUUAAGGUCUCCUUAAGCAUCAGACGUUUACAUUUAGAGGAUGUGUACGUGGGGAUCUGUCUCGCCAAGCUGCGGAUUGACCCCAUGCCCCCACCCAACGAGUUUGUCUUCAAUCACUGGCGAGUUUCUUACUCCAGCUGUAAAUACAGCCACCUAAUUACCUCCCAUCAGUUCCAACCUAGCGAGCUGAUCAAAUACUGGAACCACUUACAGCAGAACAAGCACAACGCCUGCGCCAACGCGGCCAAAGACAAGGCCGGCAGGUACCGCCACCGCAGACUGCACUGAGGGCCCCCCCGUGGCAC